AUGCGAUUCAUACUUGGGAACCCAAGUAUCAGCAGCCCCACCCGCACGGUGCCCUGUGGCUCCUCCCUGACCGGCCGAGCUGGAAGGUGCCGGGCCUCUACUCCACACCGCUCCUCAGGACACAGACUUGUAUCCCUGACAAACCCAGAAAAGGACGAGCCUCCACUUAGCAAGGCCGGGCAAGAUGUUGUUUUGCAUCUGCCCACAGAUGGAGUGAUUCUGGAUGGCCGUGAGAGCACAGACGACCACGCCAUCAUCCAGUAUGAGUGGACACUGCUGCAGGGUGACCCGUCAGUGGACAUGAAGGUGCCUCAGUCUGGAACCCUGAAGCUGUCCCACCUCCAGGAAGGGACAUACACCUUUCAGCUGACAGUGAUGGACACUGCUGGGCAGAGGAGCUCUGACAACGUCUCGGUGACCGUGCUUCCCGUGGCCUUCUCCACAGGAGGAUGCUCGAAUGUUUGCUCGCGCUACCACUUCUUUUGUGAUGACGGCUGUUGCAUUGACAUCACGCUGGCUUGCGAUGGAGUGGAGCAGUGUCCUGAUGCGUCUGAUGAAGCUUUCUGUCAAAAUCUGAGCCUUGACCGCAAGAUGGUGACCCACACGGCUAUGGCACAGCCUAGACCCACUGGGCCAAGCAAAGGUGCAGACAGGGCCUCCUUGCGGGAAAAGUCGCAGAAAGCCACCGCCCCGAAACAGCCACCUGCGUCAUCAACCGCGGAGAAGAGGAAUCAUUCUGCCUUUUGGGGCCCAGAGAGUCUCAUUGAUCCUGGGAUGGCAGAUAGUGGUUCCUCAGGGAAGCACAGAAAAGAGGAAAAUUAUAUUUUUGAGUCAAAGAGCAACCGAGGAGGAGGGGAACACCCAGCCCCAGAAGCAGGUGCAGUGCUACCCCUGGCCCUGGGUUUGGCUAUCACUGCUUUGCUGCUUCUCAUGGUUGCUUGUCGACUACGGCUGGUGAAACAGAAACUUAAAAAAGCUCGUCCCAUUACAUCUGAGGAGUCUGACUACCUCAUAAAUGGGAUGUAUCUAUAAUAAGUGUAAUUUAAAUAGCUGAGGGCAAGGACAUGUUUCACUUAUGAUUUGUAUAUAUUUUGGGUUCUGAUAUUUAUAACCUCUUCUGUUUUUUGUUUUGUUUUAACCUCUUCUGUUUAACUAAGAAAACUACCGAAAACCCUGAAGAUUCUGCAAAUACUAAACCUUUGUUUUUAUUUAUUGAUUUUCCUUGGGAAGUAUGUGAAAUAUUUUGAAAUUUAGAGAGGAGUCCAUAUGAUUAAAGACCUUUACAAAUCUAAUUCUGAUUUACAUAAGCUGUCCCUAAAAACAAAUUUGCAAUUAGCCAAGGCAGAAAAUUCAGAGUCUCUAGAGGUUCCUGAGAAAGGCAGUGUUAACUCUUUACUUUCUAGAAGCCAGCCAUUGGCAGUUUAUACCACCCCACUUCCCUUGCCCCGUGGCCCUCCCAUUUCUCACUUUAAGCUUCCAGUGUUCUCCUUUCUCUUCUCCUCUUCAAAACCUAUUUCUGAGGAUGGAGCUCAAGUGAGUGUACACCUUCAAUGAGAUGUUACCCGCGGCAGGAAUAUCUAAGUUAUAAACCUAAUGAACAGGUCAAUAAGGCCUAGGGAAGGUGAAUAUGAGUUCUUCCCAAUGCCUGACAUCGUGUCAUGUAGGUAGCUGCUUCAUUCUCCCAGAGGAGAAUGACUCAGACUUUGAAUUACAAAUAGCUCUAACAUGGUCAUGGAAGCAGAGAACCUGGCAGGUCAAAAAUUUUAACAGAAACCUAGCUGAGGGAAAAAUGAGCAAGGAGGAUGAUUAGUUCUUGUAUCUGCUCAACACUGCCCGAUGGUCCAGAACACAGCAGCUCAUUUAUAUAGUCACUGGUUUUCAGCAUUAGUAUGUGUUGAUGGAAGAAAAAAACUGCAUUCAAAUAGAAAAACAGAACACUGAAUGGAUUUCUGGGUACAGCUUUUGUAAAAAUGUCACAUGUUUAAGUAUCAGCGGUUCUUCCAUUCAGUGGAGUGAUGCAGUUUUUCCGUUAUUUAUUUAAUGCUCUAAAAUGUUACAGUGUGCACACAGCUAGUGCCAGGCUUAGGUACUCCCAGAGCAUAAGGGAGUUUUGCACAAAUCCAUCUUUACAGAAAACCAGCAUCUAGCUUAGCAUCUUUUACCUUUUAAUCUGUAGGAUUUUAAAGGCAUAUUAUUUCCACCCUUGCUUAAUGCUGGGACUAUGCACAUUCUAGAAAUUAUUCUACUGAGAGGAAUGUAUAAUGUGAUGUUCCUAUUCACAUAAUAGGUUUUUUGUUUUUUUUUUUACCAUAAGUGGCAAAUCUUUUAAAAUACUUGAAAACCCUCUAGAAAACUAUUUUUAGACUGAACCUGAUGUAAGUUGUUCCUUUAACAAAGACUUAAUUUGGGUCGGAGAUAUACAUUAACAAAUGGAUAGUUAGUUCUAGGAAAACAAAGAAAUUGCUUAUUUUUAUUUCCUGAGAAACGCGAGCAUGAAUUUUAGAAUUGAGCAAAGAUUUCAAUUUCUCCUUAAGGAGUUUAGAGAAAUGACUGUGUGAAUGAACCUAAGAUGUCUGUACUCUGUAUGUGAUGCUGUGCAGUCUGUUUUUAUAUAGAAGGACGUCACCUACAGCCAUAUCCAAUAAAAUAAAAACUGAUGAGGCAUGCAUCUUUCAGCACAUCUUUUAUACAUGAAGAAACUAAACACAAUUUAGUAUUGCUGUGGUGUUGAAACACUUGAUAAAAGAUGUCCCAUACCUAUGUGUACAAUAUUCUUUAAUAAAUUUUGUUAUAUUC